GUCAGGUGACCACAUUCCACAAAAGCUCAACCAUGUUAGAAUACAAGGUAGAAGAAUAAUCACGAAAAAUCAUGGAUCCCCGUACUAGUGCCCAGGAUGUACACAGAUGUGACCAUUGUGAGACCGCCAUAGUACACAGCUACUGUGACUUUUGUCAUGUCAACCUCUGCAAGCCCUGUGUAGUAGAUCACAUCUCAGAUGGAUAUGACAAACAUAAAAUUGUCCCUUUCCAGGAACGAAGGUCGACCCUCAUUUAUCCGAAUUGUGGAAAACAUCCACAGAAAAACUGCGAAUUGCAAUGCAGGGAAUGCGGCACCUUUGUUUGUUCUUCCUGUAUGGCAUCUGAUCAGCACAAGGGACAUAGCUUUGUCGAAGUCACAGAGGUUUACAAGACAAAGAAAGACAUUAUUGAAAAAGAUACGAAAGAGUAUGAAAACUCAAUUUCUCCUAAAUAUGAGAAAAUUGUCCUUGACUUGGAAAAUCAGAUUGCCAACCUAGAUGGAGGAUAUGAGAAACUAACAACAACAAUGUCCAAACAAGGAGAGCAAUGGCACAGAGAAAUCGACAUCGUCAUCAAUAAAAUGAAAACUGAAAUCAGCGAGAUAAAAGAGAAACACAGAGACAUUUUACAGAAACACUUGGAUGAAAUCAAACAGAUACAGUCCCUCAUAAAACAAACAUUACUUGCUAUUAAAGAAAUAAAGACCUCCACUGAAUUGGCCCCAACCAUUAAGUACAGCUCUAAGAUCAGAGAGUUCAGCAAGCUUCCACCCAAAGUUAAGGUUACAUUGCCAACAUUCAUUCCAAAACCAAUAGACCGCGAGAAGUUGUAUAGUUUGUUUGGGCAGAUCACCCCAUUAUCUACUGCUAUAGAAGAAAAUGUUUUGUCCCCGAACCAACCCAACACUUUAGUCAGAGAACUACUGGAUGAACCAGAGCUUGUUGCCACAAUACAAACUGGGUAUAAAGAUUUAUGCUGUGUUACCUAUAUAGAUGAUGACAGGAUAUGGACUAGUGGACGGACCAAUGAAAUCAAAUGCUUCAAUGCUUAUGGUUCACUCCAACAGACAAUUGUUACAAAAUCAGGAGAAGAGCCUUUUGAUAUUGCUGUAGACGUAGGCAGGGAUCUACUGUACUCAGAUCAGACAGUUAGGACAGUACAUAAAGUGAAGAAUGGUCAGACAGAAGAGUUGAUCAGAUUACGGGUAUGGAGUCCUCUUAGUCUGUGUGUCACCUGUACUGGUGAUCUCCUGGUUACCAUGUACGCUGGCAAUUAUAGGCUUCAAUCCAAAGCUGUCCGUUACUCGGGAUCUACAGAGAAACAAACAAUUCAAUAUGAUGAUAAAGGUAAACCUCUGUACUCAGAGAAUGGUUAUAGUAAAUACAUCACAGAGAACAGAAACCAUGACAUCUGUGUAGCUGAUUAUGGGGCUGGUGCAGUAGUGGUGGUUAAUCAGGACGGGAAACUCAGAUGGAGAUACACUGGUCAUUCCUCAACCACCAAGACCAAACCAUUUAAACCCCGGGGUAUCACGUCAGAUAGUCAGAGUCGUAUCCUGACAGCCGAUAGAGACAACCAUUGUAUCCACAUUCUGGACCAGAAUGGACAGUUUCUCCGUUACAUUGAUAACUGUGAUCUGAACAAUCCUUUUGGUUUAUGUGUGGACAACAAUGACAAUUUGUUUGUGUGUGAGUACAACAAAGGCAAUGGCGAUUCGCCGCUGAAGCUCCAGUACAUCCGGAACUUUAGAAUAAGGAACCGACCCACGGGUCCCACCAUUUCAGAGCUGUCCGCCAUCUUCUAUGACACCAAGCAUCCUUUUUAUCCCAGACCAAGAGCCAACAGACGAAAAGUGAGAAAUCUCCCCAAGCCGGACCGAGAGGGCAUUUGAAGAAAUUAUCUAUACCUUCUAUGUGUACAAUUUGACAUUGAUAAAAUACUAAAAAUCAAUAAAUAAGCUUUAUCCUCAUUAUUUGACAAAGAUCAAUUAAUUAUUUUUUAUGAGAAUAUUCGUAUUCUGGGACAGCAGGCACGUA